GCCUCCGCUCGGUUCAUUUGACCACGCAGUUGCCCAAGCAGCCGUCCAAGCGCCUGCUCCUGCCUCCACUCUUCCUUCCAGGCUAUCCGUCAAGUCACUCUCACACUCUACGAGAGCACCUACAUAAUCCUACUCUCACCGCUCGUCAUACCUCAACCGCAGCUCCACGCUCUGCGUCCCCGCUAGUCCAGCACAACAAUGCGCGCUUUCCAGCUUCUGACAGCCCUCAUCGGCCUCGUAGCCGCUGCUCCCGCUCCUGCCUCAUCCUCCGAGACCGCCAUCGGCCACCCUGCCGCCCGCGACGUCAGCGAGGACGGGCCGUGGACCAGCUACAUGUGCAGCCAGAACUACAUGAACGAGUACUGCGUACGCGUGUACGCCUACAACAAGUGCGGCAACAUCCCGCAGCCCGUACACCUCAAGAACAAGUCCAUGAUGCAGUGGAAGGGCUGGCUCUGCGUCUACUACUGGACCGACAACUGCGACGUCGCCGACCACGCCGCGCUCACUGUCGACUCGCGUAAGGACUUCGUCUGGAUGAUGACCAUGGGGUCGAACGAGUGGGGCCUUGCGAGCGCGAACUGCAUUAUCCCCAGGACGCCGGCUGAGGCGCGCGGGUUCGUUGCGGAGGCUAGGGGCGCUGUUGUUGAGGCUGGCGCUGGGCUGGCAAGGACGGUGCUGGUGUGCAGCGAGCCGGGCUUCAGGGGGAACUGCACGGCGGUCGAUGCGUGGCGGAAGUGCAGCGGCAAUUUUAACCACGGCGCUGUCCAGUCUGUCGUCCAGCAGCAGGGCGCGGUUUGCCAGUACUUCCGCGAGCUCGACUGCGCGGCCGGCCACUCCCCCUCCAAGCAGACCAAUUCAACCGCCGGCACGCUGGCCUGGGCCGACAUGGCCGACUGGACCGGCAAAGUGCGCUCCUUCCAUUGCGACGCAGCCGGGCUGCAAACCCGCGCCCUCUCCCCAUCCGCCUUCCCAAACCCGCAGCCCCUCCGCGCAAACUCCUCCCUCCAAGCCCACGCCGCCGACGUCCCCGGCCACAUCACCGUCUGCACCCGCCCCAAUCUGCAGGGCCAGUGCUGGACCUUCAACGCGUGGAUGACGUGCCUCGCGCGCUUCCCCGCCGGGCUGAUCCGCUCCGUGCUGCAGGACAGGGGCGCCGUGUGCCAGUACUACACGGCGGCGGGCUGCUACUCUAGGGCGGGGGAGCCGCCGUAUGCGACGGUGGGGAGUGCGGCGGGGAGGACGCGCUGGGAGAUGGGGGCUUGGGAGGGGAGGGUGGUGUCGGUUUUGUGUACGGCGUGAGUAGGGGGUGGCGUCGAUUGUGGACUCUGGACUCUGGGGAUGAUGGUUCGGCAUGGAUCGGGUCCUGGUGGGUCUGUUGUGCUGGGAGUUAUGGUUCUUUUCACUAAUUGCUGGAGACGGCACCAUCCAUGUGCUUGCUUGAUGGGUGGGGUCUCAAGCAUGAAAUGCAAUUCCAUGCCAUGCAAUGCAAUGGAAUGGAAUGGAAUGGAAUGGAGUGGAACAGCAACAUCUUUCUUAUCUUAUCUUCUCAUCUACUAUAUCACGUUUCUCGGAGGAUGAUGUUGAUCACUAAAUUAAGCUAAGGCCCGGUCGGUCCUUCAACCCAAAAGAAACAUGAG